ACGUCCUGUUGCAGAAGGUUGUGUACGCGCAUGUGGCUUACAGUACACGAGUUUAAAAGAAUUGAGUGAUAUUAAAAACACUGCAGAUCAGCGUUAGUGGAUGAAAGAUGUCUGUAUUUAUGGAUUUAAACAUAAUCAGUAGUAACGAUAAAAGCAGACUAAGAAGUAUAAUAGAGACAGCUGCUCACCUUGGAUACUCAACAGUGGCAUUAAACUAUGUGGUUGAGCCGAAACAAAAGAAACAGGAAAUUCCUAAACCACAGAGUAUAUCAGAUAUAUUUGAGAAAUUCCCCAUAGUACAGGGCAAGUCUACACCCAUCAAAGUAUUAAAUCGAUUAACUAUCGUGGCCACUGAUGCAUCUCAUUUUAGACCAACAAAUGAAUACAAACUCUUUGACAUCGUGGCUGUGUACCCUAAAACAGAAAAACUCUUUCAUGCUGCCUGCAUGACAUUUGAUGUUGACAUCAUUUGCAUUGCAGUGGCUGAAAAACAGCCCUUUCAUUUUAAAAGGGCUCCAGUUUAUGGGGCUAUUGACAGGGGAGUGUUUUUUGAAAUAAGUUAUGUGGCAGCUAUUAGAGACUCCACCAUGAGGAGAUACACCAUUGCCAAUGCCAUCAGCCUUAUAGAAGCCUGCAAAGGAAAGAAUAUCAUCAUAUCCAGUGGAGCAGAGAAGCCUCUUGAGAUGAGAGGGCCAUAUGACAUUGCCAACUUGGGGCUUGUGUUUAGCCUGUCUGAGGGAGACGCCAAAUCUGCAGUUUCUACUAACUGCAGAUCUGUCUUGUUGCACGGAGAGACGAGAGCCACUGCUUCUGGUGUUGUUUUCACUAUGAAGAAACCACAAGCUCUCAAGGAGCAAACAGAGGACACACCAGCAUCUAAAAAAGCCAAAACAGAAGCGUCAUAGCCAUAUUUCCAGUAGAGGGAGUAUACAUGUGUAUUAUCUCUGUGUUUGUUUAACAUUAAAUGUGUUUUUUCUUUCACGUUUGCAAUCCACUUUGCAUAUAAACAUGUUAAUACAGAUAUGGUAAAAAUUCAGAUUUAUUUAGCUAAUGUUUAAAAGAAUUGCAAGCAAAAUGUACAGAUGAAAUAAACAAAAUACAAAAUUAACCAUACAA